CUAUCUCUCUCUCUUACAUAGACAAUGUUACGUAUAUAGAAAUAAGUAGAUACAUAGGUUUCUGUCCCUCAAAUUCGGUGACCCUUUGUCUCUGUUUGUUUCUUAUUCUCUCCCUCCCUUUGUGAAGCACUUCCAAUCCAUUGCUUUUCUUCUGGGUUUCUUGAAACGCAGAUUCUUGCCAUAUGACAUGAAAGGCUAAAACCCAUUUUCGCAGUUGGUUCUUUACCUUAACUUUUGCAUUUGGUAUAAACCACUUUCACAGCCUUUCUCUUUUCUAUAUAAACCCCAUCAUCUCCUUUCCUUUUCUGCCCACUUUGGUUUUCUUGGAGAGAAAACCAACAUGCUAGACGGAUUACUAAAGCCAAAAUUCUACAACAAAUGCAAAUCAAAUUUGAAGCUUUUGAAGGUUCGGCUAGAGGGGAUAAAGAAGAAGAGAAAUGCUGUGCAGAAAUAUUUGAAGAGUGAUAUAGUUGACCUUCUUAGGAAUAACCUUGACAUCAAUGCCUAUGGCAGGGCUGAAGGGCUUCUAGUUGAGCAAAACAUGACAACCUGUUAUGAACUCAUUGAAAAUUUCCGUGGGUGCAUCUACAGUCAUGUCUCUGCCAUGAAUAAACAGAGCGAGUGUCCUGAGGAAUGCAAGGAAGCUAUAUCAUCUUUGAUCUAUGCCGCAGCAAGAUUCUCUGAUUUGCCAGAACUCCGUGAACUCAGAACUAUUUUUACUGAGAGAUAUGGAAGUUCACUUGAAUCUUAUACAAAUAAAGAGGUAAUUGUUGAGAGGUUAAAGGCAAAGGCUCCUACAAAAGAGAUGAAGCUUCAGUUGCUGCAAGACCUAGCACAAGAAUUCUCUAUAAAUUGGGAUAUCAAGGCUUUGGAACCGAAACUGUAUACUUCUAUACCAAAACAAGAGCAUCGCAGACAUGGUUCUUUAAGCAAUACUGAUGAUGAAAAAUGGCAGAAAAACAAGGAUGACACAGUCCCAGAAAAAAACAAUCAGGAUUCUGAAAACAGACUGAGCAAUGGGAGGGGAUCUAUUACAAAAAGAAAUGACAAAGACCUUAAUUUUCGUGGAAGAAAGGAUGUCACUGAUGAUGACAAAUGGCAGAAAAACAAGGAUGAUGCAGUCCCAGAAAAAAACAAUCAGGAUUCUACAAACAGACUGAGCAAUGGGAGGGGUUCUAUUACAAAAAGGAAUGACAGAGACCUUAAUUCUCGUGGAAUAAAGGAUGUCACUGGUGAUAGACAUGGGAUGCCUACAAUUAGUGAAGAUAAGAUAACUACCGAGUUAUCCCAAGGUGGCCUAAAAAAGUCUUCAAGUUUAGUUGGAAGUGUCUCUAAAGACGAAGUAGACGAUAAGAGGCCAUUUUACUACAAAUAUACCACUCCACCUUACCUCAAAACAAAAUAUGAAAAAGAUGAAAGCAGCUCAGAGGAACCUACAAAAUUAAAGGGCCAUAUUGACAAGGAAGCAGCUCAACAUAUUGAUCAUCCAGUGGUUGAAGAUAAACCAAAACCAAGAUCAGUUAGGAGCAGAAACUUGAAACCACCACCAGGUCGCAGUAAUGUUGGAAGUUCAGAAAUUGAUGGCGUUACAACGUUGGAUUCAAGGGGAACAAAACAAGAAGAUGCUAGAAGAAGCUUGCGAACCAUUCAUUCAGAUGAUAGUGCUCCAAGGGAUGAGGAGGAUACGAAUGUAGAUGAUCUUUUGAUGCAUUUCAGUAAAAAGAAGUCACCUGAUGAAUCAGGCAAGAAAAAGAUAUAUCUGAAACCUCCUCCUUCCCGACAAAGUGAUGUUGAUCAUGGUGGAUAUAAGUGGAACAGAAUGAAAUCUGAUUUGGAUAUUGGACCUGCAAGAGUGGAACCAACAACUUCAACUGGGGCAACAAAAAGGCAUGUUCGAGCCACUUCCUUACAACCGGAGAUGCUGAACGUGGGUCAGCAUGUUCAUCCUAAUCUGCCCGACUAUGAUGAAUUAGCUGCUCGGCUUGCAAAUAUUAGAUAAAAAUUUAAAAAAGAAAAAAAAAAAAGAAAAAAAAA